AAAAUGCCGCCCAAUUGGGAGCAAAACGCCCCUUCAUCGCCGUCGGGCGGCGCAGAAACGCAAGGUUACGACGGCUAACUGCAGGGAGCAGAACAGAGAUCGAAACAGCCAUGGAUCGUCUUUUCAAACAAGCAAGAUCAUCCGGAUCUCUCAAUCUGUCUAAUCGCUCACUGAGGGAAGUUCCUAAUGAAGUUUACAAAAAUUUGGAAGCAGCUGGAGAGGAUGAAAAGUGGUGGGAGGGCGUGGCGUUACAAAAGCUUAUCUUGGCUCAUAACGAGAUAGAAGUACUGAGGGAAGAUGUAAGAAACUUAACAAUGUUAUCCAUCUUGAACAUUAGUCACAACAAUUUAGCUCGCCUUCCUGCAGCCAUAGGAGAGCUUUCUUUACUAAAAUCAUUGGACGUGUCAUUCAACUCGCUAACCAGUAUUCCUGAAGAUAUUGGCUCUUUAACUUCGUUAAUCAAGCUUGAUUGCUCCAAUAAUCUUCUGAAUGGACUACCUCAUAGCCUUGGCGGUUGCAUUGAUUUAGUGGAACUCAAGGAGAAGCAUCCAGGGGCGAGAAAUCCGGCUCCAGUAUGUGAAAACCUGGCGCCCAGAGACUCAUUUCCAGCUUUUCAGAAAUAGAGCGUCUGGGAACUCGAUACUUAGGACAGGUGAUCCAACAUCCAAAAGAAUGACUCCGAGACCAGAGCGUAUGGAAGGCGCCUAGUUCACACCCUGCAUUUGAGUGCCAGGAAACCUAGCGCUCGAAAGCGGUACCGAAGCGCCUGUAAUCAAUUCUACAGUUUGAAACUUUAAGUUUGGGUUUCUUCCUUGCAGGAAGGGCAAGCGAAGAUCACGAAGCGAUGUCCUUAAGUUGUUAGUGGAUUUCUAUGAAUAUCUUUUGUG